AAAAAAAAAUAUAUAAAAAAAAUCUAAAUCCAAAAUCGCCCACUAAGAUUUUACAUAAUAAAAUACACUAGUACACUAAAAAGUAAGUUUUAGGUACUUGUGAAGUAAAAUGUUUUUGUAAAACAUGUCAGUACAGUUUAGUAGCAGGUUACUCAUUUUGUCUUGUCCUUCUUUCACGGUUAUUACGGUAACGCAUCACUUGUCACUAUGGUCCUGUCCCUUCCUCGCUAGCCAACACAGGCUAACUUCGUGAUAUCGCACAUGAUAGGAGCAUCAUCUCGGUCGCGGUUUGGUUUAUUUUAUUCUUAUAGCAUAAUUUAAAAGUUGUAAUGUGAUAGGAAAUGUCUCAUCCGUGCAACGGUGGCAAUUCCUCCGCAACACGAAGCGACUGUUAGCUACCAUGCUAAUGUAGCAACACAGCAACGUUUGACUUCCUAGCUCGCUAAUCAACCUUUAGAUAAACCGUGCGCACGGACGGGCAGCAUGGCAGACUCGUCGCCAUUAUCUGGGGUUAAUGUUGUUCUGGUUAUGGCAUAUGGGAGCUUGGUGUUUGUGCUGCUGUUUAUCUUCGUCAAAAGGCAAAUCAUGCGUUUUGCAAUGAGAUCUCGUCGUGGACCACACGCACCUAUUGGCCACAACGCACCUAAGGGUUUGAGGGAAGAGAUUGACUCCAGGCUGUCCAAGGUCCAAGAGAUCCGUUUCGAACCUCGUCUCCUGUCAGAGGAGGACGAUCGGCUGAGGCGCGGAUCACAGAUCAGUUGCUACAACUACCUGUACAGAAUGAAAGCCCUGGACGCCAUCCGAGACUCUGGGAUUCCUCUGCAGGAGAUCAGUCGCUGUCCCAGCGCGUUUACCGGACGCAGCUUCAGGAGCUGGCUGAUGGAGCUUCGCAACUCCCACUCUCUGAUCAAGAGCAGCCGCAGUGCGCUCAUCGACCGCUUGCUCGAAGGCUACGACAGCGCUCGCCACGGGACCGGGGUGUUUGGGGAAGCUGAGUUUCUUGAGUACCAACAAGCUCUCAAUGAACUGGCUGAUGUGGUGAAAGCCUAUUCCAGCACCACCAGCCUGGAUCAGCAUCACCAGUCUGCGGCCAAGGACCUGACAGGCUCUCCUGUGCGCAGCACUCCCUCCACCAUCCAGGUCACCUACCUGCCCUCCACCGGCCAGCGCAGCAAGAGGCCCAAGCACUUCCUGGAGCUCAAAAGUUUCAAAGACAACUACAACACUCUGGAGAGCACACUGUGAGGCUCUGCCCUCUUCUCACUUCUAACUUGGUGCAUUCUCAGUUCCUCUCCUCGCACCGUAGUCCCUCACACGUGUGAGGAGACGGAGAAGAGACGCAAAAAAGAGGGGAUAUUUGAGACAAUCGUAGCUUUGGUGCGGUCAAUUAAAUAUGACACGUGGCGCCAUUGUUUUGUUAAAGCCCUCUGCUGUGUCUGCCAGGUGAACCUCAUUUGUAAAUGUUCUUCAGCUCGAUUCAUAAGGUUGAAUUAAGAGCCGAUUUUGUUCUGCUCCUCUAAUACAUCAUGGGUGAGAAAAAGUCUUCGUAAAGGACCUUCUUCAGUCACCUUCCUCUCUCCUCGAGAUUCAUUUUAGGAAUUGAGGCCACGUUCAAAAUGGUGCGCUGAGAUCAAUUUCUGGAUGGCAGUCAGGGGCUGUGAGAGCGGAGACGAGAGGGCACAACAGAGAAAAUGGGAAUGAGAUCAUAGACUGUCAGGAAAUCCAUUACACCGCCUCCUGGGAAACAGUGAAACGUUGUAACAGAGCUCAGACCAACAAAUUCAAUUUGGGAAAAUGUCCUUACAGAAGCUGACUUCAGAUCGGACAGUGUCAAUUAAAAUUUGUCACACUAAAAAAAGGACAUAACAGCUCGCUCAAGAUUAGUUUCUCUUAUUAUGGUGACGCACCCUUUAGAGGCAGAUGUUACUCCGAGGCCUUUGCUCUUAUUUUGGACCUAAAUUAUUAUUCACCUCAACUGAAUUCAUUUUUAUUUUUUCUCAGAAGUCCAACUGUAAAACUACUUUUUGAUCAAUUGCACCUUUGUAUGUAUAUAAAAUAUUUGUACAGACAAUGCUAACUUA